CGCCCAAUCAAAACGGAGAGCCGGUGCAGAUUGAUAAAGGUGCUACAGAGAAGAAGGUGGCGGUAAUGCACCACUUAGCUGGAUGCCAACCACUGUAAAACAAGAGUAAGAAGAAACCUGCUCUGAACUGUGAAGCUAUGCUGUAAAACUGGUAUUUUAUUGAACCUGCAUAUCCCACGCCUAAGCGAGGCCAUGUCUCAGAGGGGACUGAGGGAAGCGUUUAUCAGUAAUCUCAAUGGGACCAAUCUGCCGGAGGUGGCACUGGGCUCAUUUCUCUCUCCAGUAUGCCUCAUCAACAGAGGACUGAUUCUGAUCCUCUACCAUCAGGCCAAAGGGACUCUUCCACUGCCACUUCCACUGAUCUCUCACCUGCUUCUAGACUUCUCUGUCAUUAUUCUUCCCCUCAUCUUCUCAUGCACCAUCCUGAGCAGCAUUCUUUACGAGGUCAUCAUAAGCUUGAUCUUGGUUUCAGCUUGUGUGAUUUACUAUAUUUAUCGCACCAACAGUCACCCAUCUACUCGGCACCCAAAGACCACUGUCAGCACCUUCCUUCAGAGUCAUGUUCAGUUCAACCAGGUUCCCUUUGUGACUGUCUUCAGAGUGUUUGUCAAUGUGAAAACUGCCAUCAGCAUUCUUGCUGUAGACUUUAGUGUCUUUCCAAGGCGAUAUGCUAAAACAGAAACCUAUGGAACAGGGGUUAUGGACUUUGGCGUUGGAGCGUAUGUCUUUGCAAAUGCCCUCGUCUGUCCAGAGGCACGGAGGAAGAACAUCUCAGGAUCCAAGGUGAAUCAUAUCACAAAGCAGCUCCUAUCUGUCUGGCCUCUGGUUGUUCUUGGUAUGGGAAGGCUAGUGAGCGUCAAAAUGACUGACUACCAGGAGCAUGUGACAGAAUAUGGCGUCCACUGGAAUUUCUUCUUCACACUGGCCAUCGUCAGAGUUGUGGCGUCUAUGCUUUUGGCUCUUUUACCAGCCAGUCAGUCAUGGCUCAUUUCUCUUCUGAUCAUCGGGCUUUAUCAGUUCACUCUGGAGACAUCAGGGCUGAAGGAGUUCAUUAUCCACAACAAUGACAGAGAAAAGGACUUUCUGCAUGCGAACAAGGAGGGCAUAUUCUCUGUAGUGGGCUAUGUAGCCAUCUACAUGGCUGGGGUUCAAGUUGGACUUUAUGUGAUGCAGCCGAGAUCCCAAGUUAAAGAGUGGCUCAAAACGCUAUUAAACCUCUUGUUUGGUAGUUUUGUGCUUUACAGUGCUUUGUACGCAUGUCAGACACUGGUGGAGCCAGUGUCUCGCCGCUUAUCUAAUUUACCUUUCUUCCUCUGGAGUGUUGCUCAGUCUUUGCUUUUUAUGUUCUGCCUUGGUGUAGCUGAUAUGGUUUUACUGUUUUCCAAAAGAACAUCAGGCUGUCACUCUGUACCCUCAUCGUGGAGUUUGCAUAAAAAACAAUCAGACUCGAUCUCUGACAAAAAGACUGGUGAAAUGGAAAGAUUGUGCCUGGUUCAAGCUGUCAGCAGGAAUCAGUUGUUAUUCUUCUUACUUGCAAAUGUCAUGACUGGACUGACCAACUCAGUAAUGGACACAAUUAACUGUAGCAAUUCAUUUUCAGUGUGUAUUUUGCUGUUAUACAUGUUCAUGAAUUGCUUUGUAAUAUAUGUUUUACAUUUCUGUGGAAUUACAGUGAAAUUCUGGUGAAACUGCAUUCGUAAAAAACUACAUGGUUUGUAAAUAAUCUGUAAUUCACUAUUGUGUGUGAUAUGUUUAUUCAUGUAAAUAAAAUCUGAAUAAA